ACUCAUCAUUUUCACGAAAUAUGACAGUUGUCAAGUGUUUACGUUUCUAAAUUUCUGUACUUUUAUGCUGCUAAUUUCUUAUGAGAAAUUGUCUAAUGCAUGCUAUAUAAAUAUUUUUCUGUGUUUCUGUUUUUCGGCCUUUUUAACGUAUGGCGUACAUUACUCAUCCCUAGUUUGUUUACUCAGAAUAAACGUGAAUCAUGACCCAACCUGGGUUGGUCUAAGUGAAGCUGUUAGAUUUGACCCACAAUUUUCUGAAAAAUUAGGUUUAUGUGUGUGUCGUGGAGACUCUGCCAUCUGACAUGGUUGAAGCCAUAGCUCAAUUCGACUAUACACCUCAAGAACCUGACGAACUCCUCCUACAAAAAGGUGAUGUUAUCGGAGAUAUUGUUUUUAAAUCUGAAGGCUGGUGGGAAGGAACUUUGUUGAAAAACAAGCAACGGGGCAUGUUCCCCGAUAAUUUUGUAAAGGUCAUGGAUGAGGAAACUUCUUCCAAGGAAGCUCAUUCGAAAAAGAAAUCAGUACGAUUAUGCAAGGUUCGAUUCAGCUACACUCCUGCCAACAGCGAUGAAUUAGAAUUGAAAGUAGAUGACAUUAUUCAAAUUCUCGGUGAAGUUGAGGAGGGAUGGUGGAGCGGACAACUUAACAACAAGAUUGGUGUGUUUCCUUCAAAUUUUGUGGAGGAAAUAAUGAAUUUGGAGCCUGUGCCUACGGAAAAGCAUUUGGCCAAAGAGAAGACUUCGGAGCCUCCAAUUGCCGAUAAAAGUCCAGAAACACAUUCAUCAUCAAUCAUAGUUGGUCCAAAAACUGAGCCAGAUGCACCUAGCCUUCCACCGAAGCCAGUGAAAGAACAGUAUCAAGCCUUGUUUCCAUGGGAUGCCCAGAACGAUGAUGAGCUUACUUUGAAAAAGGGUGACAUCAUCACACUGGUCACCAAAGAGGUAGCCGACAAAGGAUGGUGGAAGGGUGAGCUCAAUGGAAAAAUUGGAGUUUUCCCAGAUAACUUUGUCACGCCGUAUGUGGUGCCCGAGCCCAAGUCUCUAACGACCACCAAGACACCGUUGAAUCAGAAAGAUCCGCAACUGAAACUUGCAGUGAGCCCAAAUCAAAUCGCCAAUGUCCGCAAGUCAUUGGACAACUCUCCGAAAGCAGAGUCUCAGUCUAGUCCUCCAAUCGUUAGCAAAAAGCCUCAGCUGCCCCCACCUCCACCUCCAGCUUUGAAGAAACCUCAAAGCAGUCCGUCCGCUCCCAACACCAGCAGCUCUCCAAGCGGAUCCCUCUCAAAACAAAAUUCCGGAAGUUCACUGAAGAUGUCGCUGUCGGCGGCCGGUAGCCCGCCUCAAAGUCCCACCAAGAAGGAACGAGAAGCUCCUGCCACUGGUUUAGUUCGUGGCUCGCGAUUAUCAGCAAGCGUUUCAGCCUCCAGUGUGACUUCUCCAGAAUCCAAAGUGGUCUCAUCACCGAAGGACCACUCAGAAUCAUUAAACAGCGAGUUGGCCAAGGAAUCUGUCGAUGGAUGUUUGCCAAGUAAACUGACAUCUGGAUCUUAUAAUGUGACAAAUCCACCUACAACCCCACCGGCCACCUCUCCCAACACCUCAUCUAACCAGACGAACUCUGAAUUGACGAGGUCAAACGAAACAAAUGGUGUUGAUACAGAUCUUGAUGUGGUAAGUCGCGAUGGAUCUUUAUACCACCCAACACUCUUCAGAGCAAAAGCUCCGAGAAAAAGGCCUCCGUCUACAAUUAUUCUUAAAGAAGACUUCACCCUUCCGGAGGAACUAACGAAUGGAAAUGGAACGACUAAUAACGAAACCAAUGUUGAAGUAACGGAAACAUCCCCUCACCAAGCAAAUAAACCACCAUGGGUGGAGGAGUUAAAAAUGAAUCAAGCCAAAAAGAAUCUUCUUCAAGGGCGAACAAGAGUGAUCAUUGGGCCAAGCCAGACGACGUGUUCAAGUAAUGAGACAGGGACGAUAAUGACUAGCACAACGAUUAUCUCAUCCUCCUCAGUGCCCACAACUGUCCCUGCGAUGGAGCAGACUACAACAAUCACAUCUGGAAAGUCCGGUUUUGUAACUACAGGGGUCGGUGUCACUUUCCGGCCGAAUACAAGUGUUCAGCGACCUGUUUCUAUGCAGGCAUUGCCAAAUGAUAGUGUCAGUGUCUCGCUGAAGGAAUGGAAUGAACUGUAUAGUAAAAUUGACCGUCUGGAACUAGCACUUAUAAAUCAACAAGAAUCAUUUAGUAAGGAAAUAUCAAGUUUACAGAAGCAAUUAAGUGAAGAAGUUGGGCAUCGGAAGAAAAUGCGACAAGAAAUAGAUAAAUUAAUAGACCUCAUGACACAGGUAUAGUGACAAUACGUUUGUGAACUCCCAGUCUUAUCCAAUAGAUAAAGUAGCCUCGAUUACUUUUCAACAGUCCCUCUGCCAGUUUUUAGGAUGAUUGCCGGAUCUUAACUUCCUUUUUAGCGAAUUAGGAGAAUUUUGUGAUAGAAAACUUAUCUACUUUCUUUAUUUUUGAAGUAGUAGAUUACUCAGAAACAGCUUAAAGUUGUUUAAGGAAAAUGACAAAGAGUUUUUGAAAUAAUGAUCCUCAUUGUUGCAUUUAGAAGAUACAAAUUAUACGACAUAAUAAAUGUUUGCAUAUUAUCCAAUUCAGUUUAAUUUUUGCUCAACUUUGCAUCAUUGCCAGAGAAAGAAAGUACAAGUCAAGAAGGGAAAAACGGGUUUGUUUCCUAAAUCCAGAAAUAGAUCACAGACAAAAGAAUUCCAUUGAAUGUUCGGAAAAGUGUAUAAACUUGUAAUGAGUUCUUAAAUCCAUGGUUUUUAAUCGCAUAUCAAUGGUAAAACUCCUCGAUCACAUGUCUCGGUUUGCAACAUUGCAGAUUUCCUAUUAUACUUCAUUUUUCAAAUAGAAAACGACUCAAUGUCAAUUCUUAAAGAACUUCCUUGAUUUUUCUUCUCUGUGCGACGAAAAUUCUGUGAAAACUCUAAGGAAUGAUGUUGAUAUGUUCUCGUCUAAAAAAGUGAAAGGGGGGCGGAGACUCUUAAACUUUGUAAAUGAGAUACUUGGUUUAGAAGUUUCACCGUUGAUAUUUAGAAAGACCUUGAGUUUAUUGCAAGUAAUCUUGGUUCAUCUUUUUUUUGCAUUUGUUGAUUGCUUUAUCCAACAAAAAUACUUUUAUCUCACCUGAUAUUGACUAGUCUCACGUUGCAUUUCAACAUUUUCAACCUGAAAAGGUAAAAAGAAAAAACACAUAAAUCAGCUCUAAUUGCUGAAAUUCCUCUAAAACUCGUAUAUGUUUUUUUAAAAUAAUUAAAAAAAUUGAAUUAAUCAUUUGUAUUUAUAGUUUGACGAGCAGUAACGUAUGCAUGUACUUUUGUGAAGACUUCAUUUAUGAAAAUUACGUCGAAUUUUCAAUUUCAAAAAGUCUCUGAAAUUUUUUUCAAAAUUUAUAAAAACCAUACAAAGUGUUGUAUUCGAUAUUUAUAAAUUAUAUGCCAUGUUAGGCAACAUUUUAGCUUUGCAAUACUCAUUUGCCUCUCAAGCAGCUCUUAGAGCAUAUGAAUGCAAGGUUCUUGGUAUUUCUGGUUUUUGUUGCAUUUUAAGAAAGAGGGUUUUAGCCCUGGCCUAUUGCCUCUCCCGAAAGGGUUAUUGAAAUGGUUACAUUCCUGUAUGUUUAAGUCCUGAAUUAGCUUAAAAAAAUGAUUGCCUAUGAAUUCUAAGAAAUGAUAAAAAAUCAAGUUUAUUUUGAAUUUUGCAGCAGAUUGUUAUUGAAUAUUUUUGUAUAUAAGCUGUCAAGAAUCGUUUUAUUUUUUUUUUCUUGUCCCAUCAUAUUUUUUUAAUUUUAUUUUGAUAAUUUUCUCUAUUAUAGUAUAUGUUGAUGUUUAUUAUUUCAAUGCAUAUCUGUGUAUUAUACUCACCAGUCAUAGCUUUAAUUGAAACAUUUAUCAAGGAACAACGAUAUGAAUGAGCUGAUAAUAUAACUGUACCAAGUCAUACAGUUCCAUUUUUGUUAAUGAACGUUCUUACAUUUAAAUCUUGUUUAUGCUACUUGAAUUUUGUUGGUGCAACAGUCAGUUUUCUCAUCAAUAUUCUUACUUUUUCCGAUGGAAAAGCAUCCUUUUGGAUGGCUGUUGGAUACCAUCAAAUCAGGUCAUGGGUCUUACCGUACUUUUAGCGUUUGUGAUACUCUCAUUAAUGAUAAAAAAAAAAAAAAAUAGUAUACUUCAGAAAGUUGAUACAAAUGCUUUGGUCUCAAUCUUUAAUAAUUGACAUUAUGUUCAUCUGCGUCAGGAUUAAUAUUUGCCAAAAAAAGGAAAUUAAUUUGAACGUAUCGUGAGCUCUUAUUGUCAGAGCGCCUAUGUAUUUCACGCUGCCUAAUUUCAUCCCAUGUUUUACUUAUUUAAAAAAGGUUUAAAUAACAUAAUACUUUUAAAGUCCACUUAAAUUCUCAGAUUCUGAAGAGAAUACCUACAAAAUUCUGAGUCAGAAUGUUGCUUAAUUUUUUGACAAAACAAGAAAGAAGCACUAAAAAUGUGGCUUGAAUAAUGUAAGUAACCGGAUGGUAUAGCUACAAAUUGUAUAUUUUCAGUCCCUCAGAGACAAUCCCUUAAAAUUUUAAAUUUCAGAAAAUGUCUUUGCUCAAAUGGACAGCUGGUGAAACAAACAAAAAAAACCCUCAAUGACAUUCAGCUCUUCAUCAGUAUUUUAAUCUAUAGUCAUAACCCAGUAUUUUAUUCAUUUUUUCCUUUCUUUUAAUUUUUUUUUAUCCUCUCUUUUUAGUCUUUGUUGUGUGCAUUUAAAUUUUGUUUUAUGUAUAGAUCUUUUUCUUCCUCGUUUUUAAAAAAAAAAUUAUAGCACUCCAAAAGUAAAACAACAAAUAUUUUUGAACCUCAAGUUGGUGUGUUUUCAAAGGUCAAAAAUUGUUAGUUGCGGCCUGAAGUAAUCAAAAUUCUAGAAAAUAUAGAAGAUCGGAAGGUUUCUAUUCGGUAAAUAAUUUAGUUAGGCAUAAUGUUCACGUUCAUCUCGAGUUUUAGCAAGAACCUUAAUAGGAAGAAUCAUUUCAAGCUCAAAUUUCCUAUGAAGGUUUUCCUCUUCUUUUUUUUUUUACAUUUCUUCUGCUCCUGUCAACCAUUCAUUGUUAUGUGGCUUCUAAACAUUCCUGAGGGCUGAUUAUUGAAAUAAAGAAACAAAGUCGUAGACAAGAAGACAAAAGGAAAAUGGAGCAAUCCUAUUGGUUAGAACAAGUUGUUGUCAUGGGCUAAGAGGGCAAUGAUGGACUAACUAUAGGGUGUCUUGCGGGUUGUCCAUACAAGUCUAUUACUCACCUCCUCUGUCCAUUAUAACCACUCAUUUCCAUCAAUCCGAUUGCUCAAUUAUCCCUCUGUCUCCUUUGUCUGUCAAUUUCAAUGGACAGCCUGCUGCUAUUGCAUUUUAUCAAGUUUUUAUUUUUUGUCUAUAACUGACUCCUGUGAUUUCCUAAAAAUCUCAGAUUUUUUUUAAUAAUUUCAUUAUUCACUGUUUUUAAAAUUGUUUUAUUGUACUGUGAGUUAUUUUACAAUCACUUAGAUACUAUCUUUGUAUAGCUUACAUUAAGUUCCCAUGUGGCGCUAAUUUUAAGCAGUUCAUAUACUUCAGGCAUCAUGAAUCAAAAACCUGCUUUCAUUUACAUUAGAGCUUCCAUCAGAUAAGUUGGCGGUUGCUUGCUUUUGACCGUCGCGCAUCGAAGACCAGUAAUGCUUAUUGAGAGUUGGCAACACUGUCCCACCUAAAAUCGAUAUUUUUAAUGGAUUUAAAUCGUGGAAAAAUAGUGUUGCCAACUAAAAAAAUCGUUACUGUUUACACCUCUGCACACUGCAGCGGCGUUGCUUACAGUCAAUCCUUUAUGACUAUCGAACAACUGCAGCAUAGUCACUCAUGAACAGAAAGUAAACAACCGCCAACUUAUCUGACGGGAGCUCUCACAAUUUUCGUAAGAAAGAAAAUCCCCUGGCAGAUAUUUUUAUAGUGCCAUAAAGUUUAGUCAGUAAUUUUACUUGUACUUUUUAAAAGUGAGGAGAAACUUAAAUAAAUAAUUUCUUUUCAACUGCAUCGAUUUCUUUGGUUGUCGCGCAGUUCACUUGGAAACUGAUUUCCACCCAUUCAACGUAUAGUUGUUUCCCAAUUUUAUUCUACAUUUUUAUUUUAUGUGUGUGAUUUAUUCUAUCAACUAAGGAUUGAUUAAUGUAUGAAGGAGUAAAGACUUGAAUUAGAGGGUUGUAUCCUGGUUUCUAAUCUCUCUAGAAAAAGAAUAUUUAUGUCAGAUGCCUUAUAGAUAAAGAGAAUUUUCAGCUAAAUUUAUCGAUUAUAGCUACCCUGCAUAGCGCAUUGGCACCACUGUUGUGCAAAAGGUGCAUCUUAAGAUGUACCACAAGGAUACGCUUAUUAAAAAGAGAAUAAAAAUUGGAAAAUAAAGCAAGAAAAGAAAGAGAAAAAAUGCGUAGCAUGGCAAAUUGUAAGGUGGAUACCUACCUCACAAUUCACCAAAAUCACAGACUUUCUUCGUCUUUUAUAUUUUUUCAUAUUAGUCCGAUGAAAAAUCAUUGUGAUCCCCCUGGAUGAUCUAUUUGCCAGGUUAUUUGUUUAAAUCUUAGUCAGAAUCGUCUAUUUUUUGAUAUUGCAUGUAUGAUAUGUUUCUUUUAUCAUCCAAUCAAAAUUUAAGCCAUUUAGACCUCUCUCUAGCUAAGACUAAGAGAUGAUAGUGUAUACGGUCCUAACUACCAGAGUAGUAAGAUUUUUAUUUACGUUGGUCGGAACUUUUUGAAGAAGUUCCUUCUGGUCCAUGAAGAGAAUAAGUGUUGCAUUAACUUUCGGCACUCCUGAGGUCUCUUGUAUAUUUAAAAUAUGAGUUCAAGCAUCAAUACUUGAAUAAAAUAAAAAAAUAAAAUGAAGGAAGAAUAGUAAGAAUAAGAAUAAAAUAUCCUAAAGGUUAUCCUAAGACGGCUUAUUACUACUCCGUAAACUUGUAACAAGCCAAAGAAUUUGAAUAAAUAAGGAAUUUCAGCCUUUUUUAAACUUUAUUUCAAGACACCGUAUGUGUCACGGCUCCUUUUCAUUAUUAGCAUGUUUUAUUGAUAAAUUUCCGCCAUAAGUUGUGAAUACUAGUCUCCAGACAAAUAAAAAUAAUUAUAUAUUUAUUUAUUUAUUUACCUAGGUUUGUAUGUUAAAAUGGAAAAAGUCACUGAAAUAGUUGGAUUUUUGGUCACUUAUUCAGAAUCAAAAUCUAUAAUCAGCCAAGUGGUUUUUUCUUUAGAAAACAUAAUUAAAGAAUAAAUAAAAAAAUUGGGUCCCUCAAAUGUUGAAGUGAAAUGGUUUUAUGAACUAUUUUGUGUGAAACACCGUUGAUUUUCUCUUCCUCUAAUAUGAAAGCAAGGUUUCUAGUAAUAACUUAUCUCAAUGGACAAGUGGAAUUUUACCUUUGUUUAUGAAUAUUAGUGAAGCAUUUGACUUAGGAAAACAUCUUGGCAUCUUUUCUGGAUCUAAAUCUCAAAAUUGAUGUUGAAAUUUAAAACAGUAUACUUACUUUUUCUCAAGUUAUCUUUUUCAAUAAUAAUUUUUUGUUUAUCUGAACCAACUAUGUGUCAAGUAUAUAUCAUGUUGUAAAAAGUUGCUACCAUACUCUUUUUUGUAAAUAUGUAAAACACCCAAACACUAGCAUUUUCUAUUGAAAUCAAUAAGCAUUAUACAAGCCCAUAUAGUUAACAUCAUGGAUCAUCAGAUUUAUAUGUUUUAGUCAAGAUUAUUUUUAUUUUUAAUUGUCUUCUUUAUAAAUCAGCAAAAAAACGACUAAGCCAAUCCUUCAAAAAAGUCAAUAUCAAUUAUACAGAUGGCUAAGGAACAAUGCUUACGGUGUAACUGAAAAUUUUGGUAAAAUUGAGUUUGUGACUUUGCUGCAUCCUACUAUAUAAAAUCCACAAGCUGAUGCUUUUUUUUGAGCAUUGCAUUACGAAAAAGACAGUUUUUGCAAACCUCUAGUAAAAUUAAGUAUCAUAACUCUGGGAAUGGAGCCUUACGUAGGAUUUCAAUGAUAUGCCACAACAAAAAUUACAAAAUACAAAAGAAAAACUAUCAUGAUUUUGAUAAACUUUAAGGUAGGCGGGACCUACCUUAAAUUUCACAAAACUAGAAAAACAUUUCCUUUCGUAUCAUGUAUUUUUGUAUCGGCAAAUCAUUGCAAUCCCUCGCAAGGAUCCUUUUCCAGAAUUAUAAGUAAUACUAAAUUUUAUUCAAGGUUCUCAAAAACUGCCUAUUCAUAGUGCGAUGUUCAAAGCCUCUCAAGUCCUUCUCCAAAUAAAGUGUUAACUUUAUGUGGCCCCCCUAAGAAAGAGGCUGCUGAAUGGCCAACUACAAAUACGGCCGCUAACCUCAAAAAUGGUGAAGUUUUUUCCUCAUCCCGUAAAAUCAUCAGCUUACAGGUGAGAAGUGUCGUUCCUUAGUCAUUGAUAUGUUGAAUCCUGUUAAAUUUGGCCCAUUUGGUUGUAUCAUCAAGUUUUACAGUUUUAUAGAGUAGGGAACAUUUACAGAUGCUGAAAAAUUAUCGACCUUCGAUUUUCAAUAAUUAAAUUAUUAAUUGAAAAAUAGAGCUGAGCAUCAUAAAAUGUUUUCAGACGAACAUAAGGAGAUUGAAAUAAAUGUAAUUGGCAGGAUUGUGAUUAUUUCCUCAACUCAUUCUGCGGAAGUUCAGAGAUGGUGCAUGGUUCUUAUCUAUAAAUAUUUUAGGGAUCUGAUCUAUGAAAGUAAUUUCUUGGAGUGUUUUAUUGAGAUUUUACAGAGUCGCUGAGAAAUGUAAUGCCAUUUUAGGAAGAAAAAUUUCUCAGAGAACUGUAGGAGGUUACCUCUAAAACACUGUUCAAUGUUGCUUCGGAAGACAGCAACAUUAUUUGAGUGUUUGUUUUCUUUGACUUUAACCUUUCUCCAACACGCUUAUUUCGAUAAUAAGUAUGAUUUAUUUUUUAUAACUUUAUACACUUUGCAUCUUUCAAAUGCUGUUUGUACUUACUAGUUCAAUUUAUUUUCUAUUGAUUUUUUUCUAUAUUUUUAUUUCAUAAUUUGAUUAUUUUGUCAUAAGCAGCAGUACCCUGUAUCUCAUGUUUAUGUUUUUAUGCAAAAUCGUCAUUAAAUUGAUUGCUCCAUCCACUA